GGCUUGUCCAUAAAGCAGUGUGUAGGAUUACGUUGUAUUGUGUUCAGCACAACAUGGCCGCCUGUGCGAAUGGCGACGGGGACAAUGCGGAAAUAGGGCAAGAUUUAUCCUCACAAGUCUUUUGUUUAAGUGAUUUCGUUAGAAGAUGUGUUUUACCCGAAUGUGUUAGUGUGACUGACGGAAAUUUUCUAGGCAAGAGUGUGCAAAUUUCUAAAGGAGAUGUGAUCUUAUUAAAAUCGGUUGAAGACAUUCAAAAGAUAACAUUAUCUUUCAAGCCUGGCGCUGGCCUUUCUAGAACAGAAAUUACCGUUCCUUUGGAUUACCCUCAAAAAUUUUUCGUUUUACCACCAAAGGAAGCAACUAGUGAACGGCGGAUAGUGUCUAUUGUGACAUAUCCAACAAUAUCCGACUUAUUGUUAGACUGUCCGACCUACUUCGAAGCGACAGCUUCUUACGACGACCCAUAUUUACCUGGGUGUUCUGUAAAAGCAGGAGAUCGCUUCCGGUUCGAGGGAAUUGUUUUGGAUUCGAAAGAUGGGGUAGAAAGACUGAAGGUGAGCGAUGAAGAUGGUAACUUUGUACUCUUGUCUUCUGACUGCAGGGGAAAUUUCUGUCCCCUCAAAGACGACCGACAGUACACGAUCAAGGAGCUUGUAGAUUUGGCACCAGUUCAACGAAGAUUGAAGCUCACGGCUGGUGACUCACAGGAUGAUCCUGGUGGGGAUUGCCAAGAUGAGUAUGCACAAGUUAUCAAAGCGCGGCAAUCUCACAGCCCCACUGAACUAGCGUCUCCAAAGUCAUCUGUAUUAAGUAGUUUACAUGUUCCUGCAAAUUUUACUGGAAGCAUUCAUUUGCACAAACCAGAAACUAUGUUGUUUAUAUCCCCUUUCAAUGACCCAGACACCGUUUGGAACAUUCCUGUCUCGGCUAAACUGUUUGUAAAGAUGUACAUUCUGGAUGAUUAUGAAAUCCCGGCUCCUAAAGUAAUACCGAAUACAUCUCCGCGUGUUCCCUUGCCACUUGUUUCGUCAAUUGCUGAAAACGUUCCUAAGCACAUAGCACCAUCUCCCCCACAAACAUCCCAAUCCUUGGUACCGAUGAAAAUCAACAGUUUUAUAGACUGCCAUUUGCCAUCCUUUCCUGUGAUCGCUAAGAUAUUAGAUGCAACUGACACAAAUCCUUUCUAUCGUAAGUUAUUGAAAGACGUGGAUGAAGUCAAUAUCUACAGAGUUGAAGAAGCCAAGAGACUUUAUGUUAAAGAUGCUAAAAGUGACACGGUGUUCAGUUUAUCCCACGACCUUGAUUUGUCUUUUAUUGAGUAUCCAGAGAAAUUCAAAACGGUUUUAGAUCUUCUUCAUUUGCCUAUCGGCUCUGAAGUAAAAAUAUUGGAAGACAUUGCUGCUGAUUUUCCCAAACCUUUUUCACUUCGAGUAGGUGAUAUUAUUAGAAUAACGACAACUAAUCCAUCAUUUAUAAAAAUGAAACACGCUCCUCGAGACUGCGAGGUGCUCAAAUGUUUGAAAAUAGUUCCUGAAGGAGGAGAUCCUUCAAAACUGAAACUUCCACUUGACUUUGAAAUGAAUAUGGUGCUCAAUGUGGAUCGUGGUAGUAGAAAAAUGAUUACGUUGCAAGAUUUACUUGCUGGGUCAGUGACCAUUCCUACCCAAGAUGUUGCAUCUAUUCCAGCUAAGUCUGAUACUGAACUGCUGAAAGAACUCCCAGUAGACGUUCGUAUACUCAAAGUCAUGAAGGAAACAUUCCUGAUCGUUGAGCCUACUAAGCCUGUUCAUUUACCAAACAUGCCAACUAGAAAGUUAAAACAAUCUUUAUCAUUCCCAGUAAACAGUACAAGGUCAUUAGCUUCUUCAGAAGCAUCUACUUUAGCAGCUACAGCAAAAACUUUUUGCGAAGAAAAAGGCUCCUCUUCUAGUCAACGCCCACUAACUAACAUUGGUUUGCCAGUGAGCUCGGGCAUACUCAUUGCAUAUAAAGACCGCUUGGAUAUUUACGAUCUAAACUUCGAGUCAUCAGAAGCUGACUAUGUGAGGAAUCCAAUGGAAAUGAUGACCUAUUCAGAGUUUGAAGAGCGAGAUCGCCUUAGAAAGCUCAACGAUGAUUACGAAGACGUUGAGUUUGGUUCAAGUAGUACCAUUGAUGAGACGGGCUCAUUAAAAACACUUCAUUUAAUGAGAACAGGAUCUACUGGAUUACUGGAGCGAAAGGAAAAAAAGUCAAAAAUGGACAAAGUGCGUAGAUUCAGCAAAGCUCUUCAUCCCAAGCAUUGGCGUCAAUCUAAAGCUGAGCCAGAACCCUUACCUCAUCCGUCAGCUAUGGGUCUAAUGGCACUAGCAGCUCGUCCCCAUGAAGGCCAAAGAAAUGACUAUGAAGCACAGAGUAGCUCUUUCAUCCAAAAUAAAUCAGAAGUGUUAGAGGCAGAUAACGAUGAUGAGGAAACUCAUGAAAAUUUCUAUGAAGAUGUUGAAAUUGGCCCCAUCAAAGCGGCAACAUUUGCUGCACCUACCAACAGACAAACAGGCGCUUUCUCUGGAGCAAGUCACAUGUCAUUGCCCUUACCAAGACUAUCUUCACGUGUUAUACAAAAUAAAGCUGUGGGUUCAAAAAGCAAAGCUCAAAAUGUUUCCAUCGAGUUGGAAAAUGGUGAAAGUGGUGUGGUAAAAUCUGAUGAAAAGUCACAGGAAAAUAACGCUCUGGCCAAAGCAAGAAACUGGGCGACUAACUUAAGCUCUAAGUUCAGCAAAAAUGAAGGACUAAAAUUUAAGAAACAGAGGAACAACACAGUUGAUGUUAACAAAAAUGAAUCAUUUCCAUCUUCAAGUUUAUUAGAAAGCAGUAUUCCUUCAGAAACUAACAAAGGUGCUUCAGUGCAAGAGCAGUAUAAAGAAAGGAUAUCACCUAAUGAUAUACCUGACAGAGAUAUUACUCACAAAGAACAAGCUGAUCAAGACCAUAUUGUCCCAACUCAAAGAUCAAACUCUAUGAUUGAAACAGAUACAAAGACUUUUUCAUUACUCUCCACAGACAUCAGUAGUGAACCUGCACCAAAAGCUCCCAAGAGGCGAAAAGCUUUGCUGAAAGCAGCAAUGGCCCAGAAUGAAGUUUCAUCUGAAGUUAGUGAUCUAACAAGCAAUGACAUAUUGGAUAAGAAUGUCAAUGUUUCCAUGAAAAAUGAUCCUAUUUGUUGCAAAGACACAGAAAUAACUGAAUCUCAAAAUGUGGAAGCAAGUUUCACACUUGCUAACAGUAAUAAGGACUCUGCUUUAUCUAAAACUACUAUAAAUGGUACAAUUGAGCCUCCUCGGCCUAAACCUAGAAACCUAAAUAAAAUCCUCUCUGAUAAGAAAGUUUCAAAUGUACCAAUAUUACCACCACGAGGUGAAGCUCCUCCUAGAAAAAAAGCUCCUGAGACUUUGGCAACUGGUGAUGUUAGUAGAAAACCAAGACCACCUCCAAAACCCAAAGUCUCACAGCAGAGUGAUGUCUAGAUUAAAUUGGAUUCUAAAAAGACUGUACCAAGUUAGAAUCAAUAGUAUAUUAAUAUAAUAUGUGAGUGAUUCCAAUAGAGCAGUGACUCCAAUAGAGCCUAAAAAGUUAUACAUUAUUUCUUCUUUUAUUCAACCAAUAUGAAUUAUAUGAAUAAAGUGACAGGCAUUUUUAACAUAUUUUUUUAUCAGUCUUGAGGAAAAAGGUUAUUGAAAAGUUCAAUUUUUGUUUUUUUUUCUUGCAUUGGAAAAUACAAUCAACACACAUGUAGUUUUUUGGGGGGUUUUAGUUGUUGUUUUUGGCUGGUGAAACCCUCAUGGCCCUAAUGUUCUGGCAGGGUUACCAAUAUGUAUGUUUAUUGUAUUUUCUAGUUUUUUGCCCCUGCAGCAGUAAAUCAUUGUUAUUGCACUGGAAAAGGUUGAAAUACUUGCACAGUUGAUAAUUAAAUGUUAUCAAGACAUCUUAUAUAAGUGAUGCAAAAGAGAUAUGCUUAGAGGGGAUAAAACUUUUAUUUAUGCUCAUGAAAAUUGCUCCAUCAUUUUUUUCAAAUUUUUGUAUUAAAAUACAUACAGCUGUGAUAGUAAUUUCAUCAUUUGUAUUUUUAGAAGCCCUGUUAGAAUAGUUGUUAUUGUUCUUGAGCUGUUAUAUUUCACCAUCAUUGUACAAUGGCUAAUUUAGGUCUGAUGAAAGCAUUCCCAUUUGUUUUUACAAUAAGGUAUGCAUAUAAUGUGCACAUAUUUAUAAAAAAGGUAACUGAAAGGCAGAUGAUGCUACAAAUGGUCUUCUAGACAUGUACAAACCUAAAUCUCAUUUCACUUGCAUCCAUUUAUUUUAAAACAUGUUAAUCUGGGCAAAGACUGCAUAUGGUCUUCCGCUAGCAUACUUUUAUAUUUUAAAAUGAAGUAUGUAUAUAUGUAAAAAUCAUUUUAAACUCAAGAUAAAAAGGGGCAUGAAUGUUUUUUAAUAGCUCUAAGGCAGGGGUCUCAAAGUCAUAUCGGCAUGUGGGCCACAGUGGAAAGUAAUAAUGUCAGCGGGUCGCAACACGAAAAGAGAAUAUUUUUUCAUUAAAUUUUACAACAGUACUGUCACUGCAGUUAAAUGCUAAAAUAAAUGUUUUAUAAUUAUUAAUUACAUUUAGUGUAGUUUAUACAUGCACAGGCAGGUUAGUUUACUAAAAAUAAGUUGUCACUUAUAAAAAAAAGCAGAAACAGUAGUUCCCCACCAAAAAAAACAACAACUAUAAUUACUAGGCUUACUGCAUGUUUCUGUCCACUCAGCUGAGAGCGUUUGGCAGAGACCAGACCAUCGACGUUAGGCCUGAAGUCGCGUGUAGUGGCAAGCCGCAAGGUUGCUCUCAGAUGCUUAUCAGUCAGUCUUGGUCGUAAUGCUGUUUUGUUGAUCUUCAUUCUGGAGAAAAACUGUUUGCAAACGUACGUUCUCCCAAACAUUGCUAGAGAUUCUAGCAGUUGCGCAGAAUAAUUUUGUAAACUUCUCUAUGGGAAGAAACUGGUAGAAAUCUGGAACGCCAACAUCAGCGUAUUUUUGCUUCACAACAGUGUCACACUGCAGGUCCAGUAGUUCCAUCUGGACUUCCUCUGGAACGUUUUUCACGUCAACUGCGAAAGGAGUGGAAACAAUAAAAAAAAUGUUGUUCGAGAGCAGUGAAUUGCUGAAAGCGGUGUUCAAAAUGUUCCAUUAGUUUGAAGAAGAUGUCUACGUAGUUUUUCAGGCGCUGUGGUGCAACCGUUAUGCUCUGUAGAAAAGAAAAAUGAGCCAGGUUUCCAUCUGCCAGCUGAGUGGCCACAAAGUCAGCUUGCAUCUGAAUGAUUUGAUGUGGUCAAACAUCACGAUAAUCAGCUGCUUUAUGCCCUAUAGUUUUGAAUUGAGUGCAUUGAGAUGUUGCGUGAUGUCAGUAAGAAAAGCAAGAUCCGACAAAAACAUUGGGUUACUGAGCUGUGGUAUGUCUUUGUCUUUCAUUGCCAUGAACAACACUAUUUCCCGUCUAAGUUAAAAAAAUCUCUGCAGCACUUUUCCACGACUCAACCAUUUGACUUCUGUAUGAUACAGCAACUCUCCGUAUUCCGUUUCUAAAUCAGCUUACUCGGUGAUCCUGCUUGCAACUGUGUUCGCUGACAAACUUAUGCCUUCGAAGAGCUUCUUUUUCUCUGGGCAGAUAAAUUCACACGCCUGUAGCAUACACUCUUUUACAAACUGGCCUUCAGUGAAUGGUCGUGUUGCCUUUGCUAUCAUCUCGCUAACAACAAAGCUUGCCUUCACAGAAUUUUGACACAUAUACCCCAUCCCUCCCCAUUUCCCUCUCUUUCUCCUGUUUCUCUAGCCGCUUGGCAUGAUUAGCCACAUGGCCAAAUGGUCGGAGCAGUGGUAUAAUGGUGGCCAGAUUCUAGCCGCUAGCGUCAAGCGGUUAGAAUCAGACCACCGUUCACCCAGCUUCUGCUGAAAGCCUAAGCGUUCGGUGGUCGACAGUGACGCCUCAUUUACUGAUUUGUGCAGUUGUAAAUCAUUUCACGGCUUAUAUGUGGUCAUUGUAAAUUUUAUCUAAUUUUUUUUAAUUCGCGGACGUGGCCGCGGGCCACACAAAAUAGUUUCACGGGCCACUUGUUUGAGACCCCUGCUCUAAGGGAUGUAGAUUAUCCUGAACUACAAAAAAUUUAACAAAGAAAUGGACAGAGAUCCUCAGUUUUCUUUAUGUCUGUUAAGGAUAAAUGUAAUUUAUGUGAGUUUUCUGUGAAAUGUUAUGACUUAGUACAACUAACAUACAAGUUUGUGUCAGACUCACUUAAGUCAACUUGUUUAUAGUACUGUUGGCAUAAUAACACAUCAUGUGCAUGUUUCUUAUUAUGUCACAAUAGAGAAAGUGCAUGCUUAUAUAUAUUAAUAUUGAUUUCAAAAUAUAGAAUAGCUGUAUGUUUCUAUACAUUUUUACUGAAUCAAACACUUCAAUUAAAGAUCUAUUUUUUUACAUUAAUACAUUUUUAACCUAAUUUUUAAGGAAUUACAGUAUUUGAAAAGUAUAGUUGUACUUCUUACUUAGAUUUGUUAGACCUACAUUAGCCGAAGCAGAAAUUCCAAUAGAAACACAAAUGAUAUAUUACAUUACAUUAUACAAUUGAAGGUGUAAAUGUAUAUUUUGUGAAAAAGAUAUGGUCAGAGGGAUUGGGUUAUAAUUUUAUGAGAUUCCACUGUACUAAGAUAAGUGCAUAUUGUACCAUCAUAUGGUAUUUAAUGAUAAUGAUCUAAAGUCAUGUGAAAUAUGACAUACCCUGUAUGUUAAUAAUAAUAAGUAUUUAGUCUACCUUAUUAACUUGUUAGUUUUAUUGAGUGGAUAUAAAAGCAUAUUAUGAACCAAAACCUUGUUAAAUUAGAUUCAAGUAUUUCUGUAUAGAAGCAUGGUGCUAAAAAUCAUUGUUCAAUGUUAUUCAAGAUAAUCCGCUUUUUAUCCAACUUUCAUUUGUGCAAUAUUUCUUAAAUUUUAGAUCAUACAUUAAUAUUUCUUAAGUACCUUUUUGUGUUACUUGAAAAAUGUCAUUAAUAUUGAAUCUUUGUUUUAACAUAUGCAAUAUAUUUUUCAAUCUGUACAUUUGUCUAAACUUAUUUAAUAAUUACUGUUUGACUCAUACAAGCAAAAAAUAGUAUAAUCAUGUGUGUAUCUUCACUAGAGCUUACUGAAUAAAUUGAUAUUAAUGAUUG